AUGGAGGCAAUUGUAUUGAAAGUACUUAAAAAGUACUUGAAGUUGUUUAUAAAGAACUUCACUCCUGAUAACUUCUCACUGUCAUUGCUUAAAGGUGAGGGUCAAUUGGUAGAUUUACAUUUGAAUGAGAAUGUAAUUCAAGAGUUGCUAUUGAUUCCACCACAGUUGCGUGUCAUACAAGCUAGUUGUGACACACUUACCGCCAAAGUACCAUGGACAUCCUACCGUAAAGAUCCAAUAACAAUGUCAAUGCAAACCAUAUCUAUUCAACUCAAAGAACCAGAGAUUGUCACUGCAUUACAACCUCAAUUCAAAAAGUUUAAAAAGAAGAAUAAGAAUAAGAGAAAUGAGGUAACAGAGAAUAUGCAGGAGUUAAGAAGUUACUUACAGGUGUCAGUUUCGACAAGCAGAGGUGAUUCUUUGAUUUUGGAGGUGGAUGAUGUGUUGGUUCAAUCGACAAACUCUGGAUUCCAACCAGUCGAUCUCACACAGAUAAAGACAAUCGACAAGGAGCAAGGUAUAGAGUCACUCCACAAGUUGAUCACUGCCAAAUCGAUAUCCAUCAAAAUUCAAGAUAUCGGUGGAAUGUCCUAUAAUGUUAUUGAGAAUAUGCCACUUAAAGUAUUGUUUUCAUCGAAAAGAAGAAUUAAAGAUUGGUCACAACUAAGUGCUAAAGUAGAGAUUUUGAUGGGAUUCUUGAAUUUGAAUUGGACACUGACUCAAUGGCAUUUAAUAUCCGAUUUGUUCACCAGUUUCCAGGAGAUUUUGGCAAGAGCAGCACCACCACCCGCUGCCAUUGCAGAGCCAGAGUCAAAGAGCAGCAAAAAGAAGAAGGAAAAGAAGGAAAAGAAAGACAAAGAGGAUUUAAAGAAGGAGGGUAGCACACUUUCACCAGGUUCUAUGAAUGGUUCACCAUUGUUAGGAUCGUCACCAUCUCCAAUCAAGAGAUCAACUUCACCCGGUGAUCUGGAGCCACUUAACAAUCCAGCAUCGCCAUCAACUGAACCUGACGUACCACUUCCAAAGCAUUCAGAUGUUACAUAUGAUUUUCAUAUUGAUAAAUGGAGAUUGGAAUUGGUUGAUAGUCAUACGAGUGAUAGUAAUUUCGAUAGUGGAUUCCAAUUCCAAGGUGAUGGAUUGCAUUUUGGAUUUACCUCGACCAAUGUCAAUUAUAAACCGACCAAUGAAGACGGUGUAGUUAUCUACUCUCUUCCGAUUAGAGAGAGUAUUGUAUCGGUGGUUAUGAAUAGCUUGCAGAUACAGGAGAUCGAGUCAUUCAAGAGCCGUAAGGUCAAACACGAGUUGUGUGGAAACAAUGAGGAGAGUCCGCGUCCCGCCGCCCGAAAGUACGACCACUCGAUUACAUCGAUCAGUUCCGAUGGCAUCAGUGAGCGUAUUCAGAUUCACCACUAUCAAGGUCCCUACUUGAUGAAAGGUAACUUUAUCUUCCGUAAACCGAUCGUUACCGAUGAGAAUCCAGAUCCUCUCUCAAAGCUGGUGUCCACCGAUGGCAAACCACUACCGCCACUGAUUGGACUGGAGUUGAAUCUUCAUCUCUCUCACUUUAUGUUGUAUGGAGAUCGUCGCUCCUGGAAGAAGCUGAUCUCCUUCUUGAUGCCACCAGAGCAGGAUCUUGAGACUGAUUCCGAGAGUGAUUCUUCGGUGAUCGAUCCAACCAGUCCGUCGAAAUCGGUCGAUGGAAGCAGUAGCACUCUUCAGGAGAUUGAUAUUGGCAAUGGCAACGGAUCGGUAGCCAAUGUUUCAGCAGCGGAAAACAAUGAGACCGGAGGAAAGGUAAUCGAUCCUGCAGCACUCAAGAAGAAAGUCGUCGAGACUGGCAAGAAAACCAUCUCUAAAUUCAAGAGAAAAUUCAAGCUCGGUAGCAAUUGGAAGAAUCAAAUCAAGAUCAUCGUAAAAGCAACCGAGACACUAAUUUUCAUUCCAGAGGAUCCAAACGAAGAACGAUUCAAAGGUUCAACCAUGAAGUUAAAGUUGGGAUCAUUCGUAAUGCGUAAUCAUUCGGAAUGGAAGAAUGUUCCACAUCUAUAUGAAGGUCUUCAACUGAUCGACUCAUCUGCUGUGCCAGAUCCAAUAACAUUAUCUGGAUUGGAUCAUAGAUUUUCAUUCAAAAUGGAAAAUAUAUCAUGUAUUAUAAAUGAAAAUAGUAAUAGUACAGAUGUAUUACUACCAACAACUAUUAGUUUGUUUUUAAGAGCAUCUCGUUCACAAUUUUUGUUAAAUGAAAAGAGAAUUCCAAAGAUUGAUUUAACAUUUAUCUCUAGUGAUUUCAAUUUUAGAAUUACUAAAGAUCAAUCAGAGUAUUUGGAUUACAUUGGCAAGAAGUAUUUGUCGCCAGACAAGAUGAAAGCUUUAUUGCAAUCGAGAAUAAAGUCAAUCAAAUCGGUUGCCAAGAAGAAGUUGAACACUUUGAAGGAGAAGCAUAUCGAUAGAACUCUGACUAUCAAGAAGAAGGUCGAGAAGACUCUUCAACAAUACCAUUGGUCGGUGUACAUUUGCAUUCAGAAGGGUGUAUUCUUCCUGCCACUCCAACAUCUCUUGGAGCCAAAGACAAUGGUUGGUGAUAUUGUCGAUACUACUGUCACAUCGGAUGGCAGUGCACUGAGUGAAUUCAAGGUUGAAUCGAUGGGACUGGCAUUGGUCAAUAACGCUACCGGUCAGAAUAUUGUAUUCAAGGUUGGAACGUUCGAAGCCACCGGUAUCGAGCAUCCAAAACUCACUACAUCCACCACUCUUCGUCCACUUCCUGUUCCCGAAGAUGAAUACAUUCCUUCGCGUCAAGCCGACAAUACCAACUUGUUGGUUGCCUAUCGUCGUCGUCAAAAGAAAGAUUCGACAACUGCUAUUGCCGUCGACUCUGAACUCAACGACUGGAUUGCAGAGGUCAAUGUCAGACUCCAAGGAACACAAGUGAUGGUAGUCAAGAAAAAGGGUAGCUCAUCAAAGAAAUCCGGACUCAAAAUACCAGAUAUCCAAAACUUUAUCACCAAGCUUGUCAAUACCAUCGAACAAAAGAAAGAGGAUAUCGAUAAUCUAAAGAAAGGAAUUAAAAAAGUUAAAUUAGAUAUUGUUUGGAGUCUGGAACUUGGAAAUUGUGAAAUUCUGAUGGGAAAUAAAUCAAAGGGUUCUGAUGCCUACAGACCAAAAGGUAUUGUUAGAAUCACCGAUACAAACAGAAAGACAAAUGCCAAGGCAUACAAGGAUAUCGAAGAGGAACUUCUUAAAAAGACAUUAGAGUCUGCUCAAUCGGAAGAGGAGAAGGAUUAUUUCAACAACAAGAUCAACCAACUCACAGCUGAACUAGAGAAUAUCAAGAAACAGUCGAACCAAGAGCUGUUGACCUUGAAACAAGAAUAUAUGACGUUGGAGUCGAAAUUCAUCCAGACUAAAAUGACAAUGGCAGAGAUGGAGAAUGAAAACGAUUCACUUAAAUACGAAAUGAAAAAACUACAAAAGAAAUAG